AUGGAGUUUGUUAAAAGGUCUAUUAAGUUUGAUCACCUGUUUGUUGUUGAAGCAAAAGGCAGAGCAGGAGGGCUCUGUAUUUUGUGGAAAGAUGGGUUAUCUGUUAAGGUUGUGGAUUUCAACAAAAAUCUUAUUGCUGUUAAAAUUUUUGAUUCUGCUUGUGAAUGGCUCUUGGUUGGCUUCUAUGGUCCACCGUAUCCAUCAAAAAAGAAGAAGGCUCGGGAAAAUCUUAUGGCAUUACUUGAAGCUCAUCAUGGACCUUGGAUGUGUUUUGGGGAUUUCAACUUUGUGCUCAAUGAGAAUGAAAUUUUAGGAGGCAAAAAAGGCAGCUCCUCCACAAAUUUUCUCAAGGACCUGAUGUUUGAGGUUGGAGCAAUUGAUUUAGGUUACUCUGGGGUUAAAUACACUUGGGCGAAAGACAGUGCUUGGAAUGAUGAACACGGGGGCUCUGAAUUCACUAGGUUGUGUAAGAAGCAGGCUGCCACUAGAGAUGCGCUAAAAAAGUGGAACAAGGAAGUGUUCGGAAAGUGUCAGGAGAGGAUCAAUGCCAUUAUGAAGCGUAUCAAAGAAAUUCAAAGUCAGCCCCCAUCGUUUCAAUAUGGGGAUUUAGAAGCAGCCCUUCAAGCAGAGUUAUCAGAAUGGCUCCUCCGGAGUGAAACACUGUGGCGCCAAAAAUCAAGGGAGUUGUGGCUGAAGUUAGGGGACAAAAAUUCUAAAUUUUUUCACUUGUCCACAAUUGUGAGAAGGAAAAGAAAUAAUAUCGAUGCUAUUCGAGACGGAAAUGGAUCAUGGAUUACAGAGGGCAAUGCUAUCAGAAAGAGGUUCCUUGACCAUUUCAAGGAUCUGUUCUAG